CUGUAUAAAAUAGGUGGUCUAAGGUGAGCCAAAUGGUAAAGUAAAGGAAGAGAAAAGAAGAACAAACCUGAAAGAGUUGCAAUGUAUAAAAGAGGAACAAAAUCUGUUUGCUUUUUGCUGUUGGCACUUGUUUGGGACAGCGGUUACGUCUUAACUAUAAAAAGAGGCGAUACUGCAGCCCAUGUGAAUCUCACGGCAUUUCAUCGUCUACCUAACAAAUGUAACGUGGAUGGCUUUAAUGAUUGGUUCAAAGUGGACAAGUACUGCGUCAAAUACUUCAGCAAACCUCUAAAUUUCACUGACGCAGAGGACAGCUGUAAAAGAACAGUCCCUGGUGGACACCUGGUGUCAGUGCACGAUGCCGGGGCUAAUAAUGACUUGCACUCCAUUGUGACAAAGAUGAACCCAAAAAACUUGCGCAUGUGGCUUGGAGGAUAUGAAUUUUUCCAGACUGGGAAAUUUCUUUGGACGGAUGGUUCCUUCUGGGACUAUGAGGAUUGGACUUCCGGUGAGCCCAUAAACAUCUAUUCUAGCAAGGAAGAAUGCGUGGAGAUGAACUGGAAAGGUGCUGCCAAAUGGAAUGAUGACUCUUGUUUCAACAAAAAAGGCUACAUAUGUGCCUUUAAACGCAAGGGCAUCAUGGAUAAGUAAACUGAGACGAUUUAUCACCCCAUAAAACGAUUGGUGUCAUUUUUUUCUCCUCUGCAUCAACAAAAAAUGUACAAAAGUAAAAACAUUUUACAAUCAUAAUAAAGACUUUUACUAUUGCAAUCAAAAUGACUGU